AACAACUUUUUAUAUUUGCCCCCCUCCUUGUCUUCUUCAUAUAAUAAGGCCGCCUGAUCAUGUGCUGUAUACUAAGGAGAUGAACCCCCAGCUGCGCCACAGUACUGAAAUUCCCCCAAAUGAUCAGGGUUAACACUGCCCCUUAAGGGUUAAUCCCCACCCUGUUUGUUUUCCCACUGGGGACAAGAUUUUGUCUGAGUCCCAUCUGGUAACACGUUCAUCACCAGCAGCCUCUCCUCCCUCCCCCCAAGCCUCCCCUCCUCUUCCAAAACCCCAUAUUGAUUCAGCUCCUGGCUAAAGAAUCACCUUCAGCUGACAGACCCCCAUCCACCAUCCUGUCUGGAACACCAGGGGGACCCCACUGCCCAGAUCCCCCCGCAUCUCAUCCCCUAGAGGGGGCAGAAGUGAGUGAGGUGGGGGGGUGGGAGAUUGGUAGGUGGGAGAGAGCUGCACCUUUUCCAUAAGACACAAGGAGGUGUGUGUUCAGCCUCCUCACAGACAGCAGCACCGGCACCUUCUCACUGGAUCCAGAGACUCCGCAGCCCUUCCCAGGGUCUAUCCGGAGGGCAGGAUGAUGCCUCUCGCUGGGAUUGCCUGGAAUCUGAUGCUGCUUUUCUCAGCUGUACAAGGAACAACUGCCAUCCCCACUCGGGCUGCUCCCAUCUCUCUAACAGAGGGAGUCAGUGAUGCUUCAGGGGUUCUCACCACAGCAGUUGGGGGGGCCUUCUCUUUGCCUCCCCAGCUCAGCACACUGAUUCCACCAUCACCUGCUCCCACUGGGGGUCCAGGACCCUCUCCUGAGGCCGAGGAGGAGACAACAACCACCCUGAUCACUACAACAACUGUAACUACAGUACACAGUCCAGUGCUUUGUAAUAACAACAUCUCCGAGUCGGAGGGACUGCUGGAGGCCCCUGAGUAUGGAGGAAGCACUUUUUUUGGGGGUCUGGACUGUACCUACAGUGUGUCUGUGUAUUUGGGCUACGGAGUGGAGAUUCGGGUGGAGAGGCUAAACCUUUCCAAGGAGGAAGCACUCAGCAUAGAGGGGCUGGAGGAAGACCGGCGUUUCCUGCUGGCCAAUGAGACACUCAUGGCUGAAGGUCAGGUGAUCCGGAGUCCAACCAAUCAUGUUGCAGUACGCUUCCAAACAUACCGUGCCACCAGCCCAGGGGCAUUUAGACUCCGUUAUCAAGCCUUUGUGCUCAGCUGCGUGUUCCCACCUCGGCCUGAGAAUGGGGAGGUCACAGUAACAGAUUUACACCCAGGAGGAGCCGCCAACUUUCGUUGUUCUGCAGGAUUUACCCUGAAAGGCGGAGAGUCCCUCGUCUGCCUAAACAUCAGCCGCCCUGCAUGGAGCGGGAAGCCACCAGUGUGUGCAGCAUCCUGUGGGGGAGUCAUCCGGAAUGCUACCGUGGGGCGCAUUGUCUCCCCUGAUAUCAGCACCAGUCAUAGCAACAAUCAUGGUAAUAACCUGAGCUGCCAUUGGCUGAUUGAGGCAGCGGAAGGCCAGAGGUUACACCUGCAUUUUGAGAGGGUGUCACUGGACGAGGACAAUGACAGGCUUGUUGUGCGUUCAGGGAGUUCUCCUCUUUCUCCUGUGAUCUAUGACUCAGAUAUAGAUGACGUCCCAGAGAGGGGCCUGCUGAGUGAUGCACAGUCUCUUUAUAUUGAACUCAUCUCUGACAAUCCAGCAGUCCCUUUGCUUCUGAGCUUGCGCUAUGAAGUAUUCUCAGAGUCUCGUUGCUAUGAACCAUUCUUGGCCCACGGUAAUUUCACCACAACGGACCCUCUCUACUCUCCUGGUUCCCUGGUUUCCUUCUUCUGUAAUGCAGGAUAUAUGCUGGAGCAAGGGCCACCUGUUAUAGAGUGUGUGGAUCCUGCAGACCCCCACUGGAACGAGAGUGAGCCAGUCUGUAAAGCACUGUGCGGAGGGGAGAUUUCUGAGCCCGCAGGGGUGAUCCUCUCUCCUGAUUGGCCACAGAACUAUGGGAAGGGGCAAGACUGCGUAUGGGGCAUUCAUGUGCAGGAGGACCGGAGGGUUCUGCUCGAGAUAGAGAUCCUGAACAUCCGGCGCAGCGAUGCUCUCACCGUGUAUGACGGAGAUGAUCUGACAGCCCGGGUCUUGGGUCAGUACAUGGGCGUCCACCAAAGGUUCAAUCUUUUCUCUUCAGCCAACGAUGUGACCCUACAGUUCCAGUCUGAUUCCAAUGACCCAGUGUUCAGCCUUAGUCAGGGCUUCAUCAUUCACUUCAAAGAGGUGCCACGGAAUGACACAUGUCCAGCUCUUCCUGAGGUUCCAAAUGGCUGGAAAACAUCCUCACACCCAGACCUGAUCCGUGGGACUGUAGUGACCUAUCAGUGUGAACCUGGCUACGAUAUCUCUGGCUCUGACAUACUGACUUGCCAGUGGGAUCUCUCAUGGAGUAAUGCUCCUCCGACUUGUGAGAAAAUUUUGAACUGUGCGGACCCUGGAGAGAUCGCUAAUGGUGUACGAAGGGCAUCGGACCCACGUUUCCCUAUUGGCUCUCACGUGCAAUACUCCUGUAAUGAGGGCUAUACCCUGGAGGGGAGUCGCACUCUGACUUGCUACAACCGAGACACAGGGACCCCCAAAUGGAGUGACCGCAUCCCCAAGUGUGUCUUGAAGUAUGAGCCAUGUCUGAACCCUGGCGUGCCAGAGAAUGGCUACCAGACUCUCUAUAAACAUCACUACCAAGCAGGGGAGGCACUGAGAUUCUUCUGCUACGAGGGCUUCGAGCUCAUAGGGGAAGUCACUAUCACCUGUGCCCCUGGGCACCCAUCACAAUGGACCAGCCAGCCCCCACUGUGUAAAGUUGCAUACGAGGAGCUGCUGGAUGACAGGAAGUUGGAAGUGACCCAGACGACCGACCCAUCCCACCAAAUGGAAGGCGGAAACAUUGCCCUUGCUAUCUUUCUGCCCAUCAUCCUGGUCAUCUUGUUGAUUGGAGGCAUUUAUAUCUACUACACCAAGUUCCAAGGGAAAUCUCUCUUUGGAUUCUCUUUCCCAGCAUCUCACUCCUAUAGUCCCAUCACCGUGGAGUCCGACUUUAACAACCCAUUAUACGAGGCUGGGGAUACACGGGAAUACGAAGUGUCGAUCUGAAGCUGGGGCAGUUAUGGGAUCGGGGGUACGGGAAUACACGGGAAUGUAUCUAAUUAUACACAGAAUGAGGGGGUCGUUAUGUACAGAGCUACACCGUCCCUCACCAACCGACCUUCCAUCCUUCACCUUGUGAUGUUCCAUCGCUCACCGUGUGAACUUUCACUUUUGUUAAUAAUAAAAAUGUCAUUUGUGCCAAAGUAACCCUUUCAAUGCCUGGGCUCCUGCAUGGGGCUGCAGAAUGUCACCCCUCCCCCCAUCAGAUGUGCAGAACAUUGCUCCAUCACCCCAGCAUCUCUCCAUGAGGCCUUCCACAGUGCUCCUCAGCCACUACCAUACUGACCUGGUGGAGGAGGAGCGCAAGCUCAGUUGCCAAGCCUACAACUUCAUCUCAUCUGUUCGAUAACCUACUCCUGGAGAUUAAAAUAUAUCUACAAAGUUGCAGUUUCUGUUAGUGAAUGGCGGCAGAUAUUCUUAAAUCUCCUCCACAGCGUUUGUCUGCAUCACUCCCGGUUACGCUUCUCAAACUGGCUUUAUUUUCAGGCAAUAAAGAGCGAGAUUUGUAAAA